AAGGGACAUAUCUGCAAGUCUCAGGCACUGAAGAACAUCUUGAUAAUGCCAGAGCCUAUGACUUGCCAGGCACUUGUGUAUAAAUAGUCACGUUGGCAGGCAGUGUCAUUGCAAUCGUGCUUUGAGAACAGCUGAGUGUACCAGCCUUGUCUCUCAUGCACAGCCCAAAGACACCCUCACAUGUCUUCAGACAUGUGAAAUAAUAAUACUGGUGUUUAAUGGCUGGGACACGAGUUGUGCUCCCCAAGGAUUUAGGACUACGUGGCAUUUGUUAGAUCUGUCUGGCCACUUGUUGCAGAUUGAUUUUUUUUUACUACAAACCAGUGAAGAUGACGCCAAAACAUGAAAAACAGGAAUUUGUAACUGUCUUGGUGCGAGACCCCAGGAUACAGAAAGAAGACUCAUGGCAUUCUUACAUAGACUAUGAGAUAUUUAUUCACACAAACAGUAUAUGCUUUACAAGGAAAACAUCCUGUGUUAGACGACGCUAUCGAGAAUUUGUUUGGCUCCGGCAGAGGCUUCAGAGCAAUGCAGUUCUUAUACAGCUACCUGAACUGCCAUCCAAAACUCCGUUUUUCAAUAUGAACAAUCCUAAUCACGUGGACCAUCGUCGUCAGGGUCUGCAAGAAUUCCUGGAAAAGAUCCUACAAGAUGCAUUAUUGCUCUCAGAUAGUAGGCUUCACCUCUUCCUACAGACUCAGCUGAGCCCAGAAGACAUGGAGGCCUGUGUGUCUGGACAGACCAAAUACUCUGUUGCUGAUGCGAUUCUCAGUUUUGCCUCUCUGAACAGACGCUUUCCUAUAGAAGAUGAAGAGGAAAAAAAAGGAAAAAACGAUGCAGACUCUGAUUCAGAGAGUUCAUCCUCCGGGCUCGGACCUAGUGAUGACAGCAUUUCAUGUGGAUGUAAAGCAAGCCCAGCUUCUGAAGAAUCAUGAAAAAUCAUUCCUGUAUUGCUACCUUAAGGACAGUACAGAGCAGUUUCUGCUUUGUUUACUGGUUAUUUGUACCACACAGCAGGGCUGUCUGGUAACAUGAAUCUGAAAGACCCAUUUUAAUGCAACCAUAUGUCCUUACAAAAUACUCAAAACAGACCUAUCUUUUUGGUGAUUUUUUUUUAAUGUAUCUUGGUGAAGGUCUACAUGCUACCUAUUUAUGUUUUUGUGACUAUUAAAAUCUCAGUAUUGGGUAAGUCAUGCUCUUCUGAUAUGUGGCAGUUAAAAUAAUUCCUUCAGUGAGUGUGUGUCUCAGAUUUAAAAAAUAAAGAUAACUUAAUUCCUCUUCUUAAAAGUUGGUAUAUCAUAUCAAACAUAUUCAAAGCAUCUUUUAGUCAUUUGCAUCAGAGAAGUUUCAUCUUUAGAAGUCAUUUGACAUUGGUGAUGAAAUUACACACCCCACCAAGGUACUCACUUUUUAAAGUAGCUCAGCAACAUCAGCAAAACAACAUUGGUACAAACUAUAUGCUGCUGACAAUUUGAGAUAUAAAUACAUCUUCCUCUGGUCCUUCUGUAGUGUUUAUGGAAAGACUGGUUUUAUCAUGCGUAAGUACUGAAGGCAAAAAUUCUUGAGCAUGGUUGCUUAGAAGUUUAGAAAUAUAAAUAAAAAUUACAUCAUUUCUAGGCUUGCUGGA